UCAUGCCCAGAGGGAUCUCCGACCAUUCCAUUCCCCCCAUCGCAACCCAAUAGCACAGGCCAGGGACCAGCCAACAACAAGCGGCACUAUGUACAUAUAAUAGUCGUUGGUUUCUCUUAGCUCUGUCGCGGCCCGGAUUUACGCGCGGCAAGAUGCUGGACGACUGGGAGGAUGAGCGGGAGAGGGUCGUAGACGGGAACUAUGGCGGGAAUCCCGCCGGGAGUUACGGCGGGCAGUAUGGGUACCGAGGAUACGGCGGGGAAGAGGAGCAGGAGCAGCAGAAUCCACGUCAGCAGGAGCCACGUCAGCAGCGGUUCGACCCCAACGAGCCGUUAUUCAGCGUAGAGGUUCUUAAAGCCCAGGCGGCUCUAGGCCAUGGGCGGAUCACGUGCGGCGCGGCGGGAAACUCGGUGGUGGCCGUGGGGACGUCUGACGGGUGGCUCGUGCGAUACGACUUCCUCAACGAUGAGCUGGCAGAGAUCAACCUCGCAGCCUAUAUCCCCCCAGACACCUCCUCCCCAUCCCCCUUCUCCUCCUCCCCGUCCCCCAUCAACGGCUCGUACCGCAUCCACGUGAAGAACGUCUUUGUGGACCCGGGCGGCCGCCACACGCUGGCUGUUCUCCAGCACACGCCUCUCGGCGCACCCCAUGCCCCUCGACCCUCCACUGCUGCUGCUGCUGCUGGCGCUACUGGUGCUGCUGCUGCUUGUGGUGGCGGCGGCAGCGGGAAUGGGAGUGGGAUGGCGGCGGUGUCAGUGGCGUCAAUGUAUGCAGGGGGGACGUACUGGGACGUGGUGUAUGUGCAUGGCAGCUGGCAGCGCGCCCGGCACGUGGCGCGCCACCGCAUGGCGAUUGGUGCUGUGGCGGCCGUGGCAUGGCAACCCGCACACAUGGCGCAUGAAGGGAGCACCCGAGAGAUCAUUCUAGCCACUGAGGGGGGAAGACUCUAUGAGGCAGCGUUCGAGGAAGCAGACAAGCGAGACCGCCCGUUGAAGCUGCUGUUUGAGCUGCCUGACACCGAAAAGAGCCCCUUCCGUGGUAUCCAGAUGGAGGUGCUGGGCUUGCAUGGGGGAGGCUCGUCAGGGGGAGGCUUAUCUGGUGGAGGAGGAGCAGCAGGGGUGGGCACACCUGGGGGAGGCUCAACUGGGCCGGGCUCAUCUCAGCGUUUCUUCGUGAUGGCAGCCACUGCCACACGCCUCCUUGCCUUUGUCGGGUCAACUUCUCUUGAGGCUACCUUUGCGCCCUUUGCUUCUCAGCUUCCCAAGUUCAUCGAGCUUCCAGCAUCCUCCCCACUCAUAGCAAGCUCACUGCAUUUCUUCGGCCGCAAGCAGCGCUACGCAGAGAGGUUCGCGUGGAUGGCAGGGCCUGGUGUUCUCUACGGCCACCUCAACCUCAACGCCGCCGCCUCCAGUCUCCCCUCGGGCUCCUCAUCUGAGCCCCCCGUCCAGCGCAAGUCCCUGCUGCCCUACGCCAAGCUGCUCCCUCCCGGCCCCGUCAGUAGGAGCGAUGACGCUGAUGAUGGCGAUGCUGCUGCCGAUGCUGCUGCGCCUGUGCAUCCCAUUGCUAUGGCAGUCUCGGAGUUCCACUUCCUGCUGCUCUAUGGCGAUCACAUCAAGGUCGUGAACCAAGUGAGCGAGUCCCUCGUGGAUCAGCUGCCCCUGCACGCCACGGCUCUUGAGAUGGCGCCAGGUGGCAUGCUCGGAUUGGUCGCUGAUGAGGUCGCCUCCGCCUACUAUGCUUUCUGUGCCAACAACAUAUAUGAGAUCGCUGUAUGUGACGAAGGGAGGGCCAUGUGGCAGGUGUAUCUGGACAGGCACGACUACGCCAUGGCUCUGGCCUUCUGCCGUUCGCCGGUGCAGCGAGACAGGGUGUAUGCGGCCCAGGCAGAGUCAGCAUUCAAGGAUGGGGACUAUGAGCGCGCUGCCACCUUCUUUGCACGGACGGCCCACCAAGUGCCAUUCGAGGAGGUGGCGCUCAAAUUCGUGGAGGCGGGGCAGCAGGACGCACUCCGGAGCUUCCUUCUGCACAAGCUGGACCACAUCCCCAAGCAGGAGCGAGCGCAAGUGACCAUGGUCGCAACAUGGGCGUCAGAGCUCUACCUCGACAAGAUCAACAGGCUGCUGCUUCAGCUGCCGCCUGACGAUGAAAGGCAGCAGCCUGUUCAAGACAAGCCUGUGGCACAGAAGGAGCACAGAGGGGAGCCAUCACCUGCUGCUGCUGGAAAUAAAGAGGCAGUUGAUUCAGCUGCAGGGGGGGCGGAGACGAACGGGAGGGUGGAGGGAAGGAGGGAAGGAGUGGAAGGGUUAAGGACAGAGUAUGAUAGUGUGGUGGAGGAGUUUAGAGCGUUCCUCACCGAUUGUAAGGAUGUACUCAACGAGGCAACCACAGUCAAACUCCUGGCUAGCUAUGGCCGGGAGGAGGAGCUGGUGUUCUUUGCAGGGCUGAAGCAGCGCCACGAGACGGUCCUCGAACACUUCAUCCGGCAAGGAGAUGCUGACUCAGCAAUCGCCGUGUUGCGUCGACCAUCGGUGCCUCUUGAGCUCCUGUACAAGUUCUCGCCAGCCCUCGUUCUCCUCGCCCCCUCCAAGACUGUUGACCUCUGGAUAAUGUCUGCGUCUGCUAGCGCUUCUACAUCUGCUGCUUCUGCUGCUGCUGCUGCUGCGGCUGCUGCUGCUGCUGGUAGCUUUGACCCGCGUCGACUCAUCCCAGCCAUCAUGCGCUGUGCUACAGCUGCUACAGCCACCUCAGCUGCUACAGCCACCUCAGCUGCUACAGCCACCUCAGCUGCUACAGCCACUACAGCCGCUAUGGCAGCUACAGCUGCUACAACUGCUACAGCUGUCGCAACAACUGGCAGCAGCAACCAGCCGAACGAGGCCGUCCGCUUUCUGGAGUACUGUGUGCACUCGCUGGGAUCCAGGGAUCCUGCCAUCCACAACCUGCUCCUGUCCCUCUACGCCGACCAGAGCAACGAGACAUCCCUUGUGAGCUUUCUCUCCUGGAUCCCCCCACCCCCGCCACCGCACACUCUCCUCCUCUCCUCCCCCCCCUCCUUUUCCGCUAUCCCCUCCUCCUCCUCCUUCUCCUCCUCCUCCUCCCCCUCUGCUGCUGCAGCAGCAGUGGGGGCAGCAGGCCGCUCCCCCUCCCUCACACCCACCGGCACCGCUCUGAACCUCUCUCCAAGCCCAGCUGCUGCUGGAGGGGGGAAUAAUAGUGGAGAAGCGGGAGGAAGAGGAGGGGGAGGCGGAGCAGCAGGAGCAGCAGCAAGGGGAGUAGUCUACGACCCCAAGUUUGCCCUGCGGGUGUGCCUAGAGCGAAGGAGGAUGCGGGGGUGCGUGUGCGUCUACAGCACCCUAGGGAUGCACCAAGAGGCAGUAGCCCUAGCCCUGCAGAUCGACGUGGCAUUGGCAAAGAGGGAGGCCAAUAAGGUGCGAGAGCAGGAUCUGAAGCGGUCCCUCUGGCUAAUGAUAGCUCGCCACGUCAUCGAGCAGGGGCUGGCAGGCAGGGCCGUGAUUGGCGGAGAGGAUACAAGGGAGGGUGAGAGGGAGGGAGGGGCGGCUGAGGAGGGAAGUGUGAAGGAGGAAGGGAAUGAGGAGGAGAAUAGGGAGGGGAACGAGGAGGGGGAUGAGGAGGAGAGUGAGAUGAGGCAGAAUGUCAGGAGAGCCAUCGGCCUUCUAAAAGAGACCGAGGGUUUGCUCAAAAUAGAGGACAUACUCCCUUUCUUCCCAGACUUCACCUUAAUUGACGACUUUAAAGACGCAGUGUGCGAGUCUCUGGAGGCAUAUGGGCAAGAGAUCGACAGGCUAAAAGCCGAAAUGACCGACGCAACCCGGGCGGCAAACACGAUUCGGAGGGACAUCCAGGCGCUGAGUCAACGCCAUGUCAUCGUGUCCACGACAGAAACCUGCGGCGUCUGCUCUCGUCUGAUUCUUGCCAUCCCGCCACCCCAAAGAACGCUUUUAUCUGCCCCUGCUGGUUCCGCUGGUGGUGGUGCUGGUGGUGCUGUUAUUGCAGCAGCAGGAGCGACAGCAACGGCAAAUUUGGCGUCAUCAUCAGCAGCAGCAGAGACAACGCCCUUCUACGUGUUCCCAUGCUCCCAUGCGUUCCACAUCGACUGCCUGCUCACCCACGUCGUUCAGCACUCUGAUCCCUUUCUGAUGGAGCAUGUAUUGGAAUUGAAGCGGCAGCUGCUGGGAGUUCUGGAGUCCCCAAGGCGGCCAAACAGGCAAAGAGGAACAGAAGCAGGAGGAAUAGCAGGAGGGACAGGAGGAGGGACGGAUAGUGACAUGGUGGACAUUCAUGCGGGACUGUCACCAAUCGAUAAGGUGCGGCUGCAGCUAGACGAAGCAAUUGCCAGUGAAUGCCCUUUUUGCGGCUCACUGAUGGUGGCUAGCGUAUCUGAGCCAUUGAUCGCCGCUCAUGAAGGAAAUGUACUCGAUGCGUGGAGCAUCUAAAAGUCCAUGGCAUUGCAGCACUUGCGGCAAUAGUUAUGCUACAAGUAUUCUGAUGUGAAUUAUAUUACGUUAACAAAUGGUUGUAAUGAUCGUGAACGACUCAUUAUGAGCAUC